AUGGCAAACACGGGUCUUACAAUUCCCGAUGAAGGUUACGACUUAUCGCAGAAGAAAUUGAGUGUCAACCUUAGCAAUGUAUCUCUGGCCGGUAUUCAAAAUCCCAGUGCUGACAAGAAACAAUCGGCCCUGGUUUCCUUCAAAAUGGGCAUUUGCAACAUCUCACCUUAUUCUCGAACAGGGAAACACCUCCAGAUCCUGAAGAUGGUCCUGUUUCCACUUCUACCCGCUGCGGCCUUGCUGAUAUUCGUCAGUAUCGAACUGGACAGUACCUUGCGUGAACGGCAGAAACUGGAUGCGUCCAGGACAGAAAUAGCCCUCACAAAAAGCGUUGGGGAAUUGAUCCACAGCUUACAAGUUGAACGCUCGCAAACCACUCUGUUCAUGGUACAAUCCCACAACCUGACGCCAACUGAAUCCGUAGCUUGGGAUGAACGUCUGGAGGAGUGUUUUAACAAAACAGAUGAAGCACUAACAAACCUGCCAGAAUGGCCUCUAAGCAACACUGUAAGUUCUGAUUCUGCUCUCUACGACUCAAAGGGGACGUUCCAGUCGCAUUUGAACGAAGAGCGAGUCAUCCUCGGUUCCGUUGACGUGGCAGAAGAGAUCCUCUUCUACUCCAAAAUCAAUGAGAUUUUGAUUGAUUGGUUCAUAUAUGCCAUCCGAACGAAUGUCCACGAAGGUCUAUGGAAUGAGAUCGUGUCCUAUCAGUUCUUGGUCCAAGCGAAAGAGAACGUGGGACUCCUUAUGGCCUACGGCGAAGAGGCCUUUUUAAAUCGCACUCUCCGAACUGAGGACUUUCUCGCCUUCAUGCGAAACGACGUCCUCCUAGUGUACAACCUCGCAUCAUCUUUUAAAUUUUCCGGCGACUACGCCAAAGAUGUGUACGACAGCCUGAUCACGAGUUCUGGCAUUGCAACCACUGUACAAAGCAUGCGGGAUGAAAUCGUACAUACUCUCAGUGUAAACUCGUCAGGUAUAAUCACCUUAUCAUCAGCGCACUGGUUCGGGAACCUCAGUGGAUACCUCGAUGGCCUCAAGAAGGUUGAGGACGUCGUCAUUAACCACAUCGAUGAUAUCAUCGAUAAGAGCAUCAGCGCUAAUGUCGACGAGGUCGUCAUUGACGGUAUCCUCUUCGGGAUCAUCGCUCUCGUGGCACCCAUCAUUAUUUUCUUUGCCAUCAGGACGACGUCGAAGAUCCAGGCGUAUGCCUUCGGACUGACCGUCAAGACCGAGCAGCUGGCCAGUGAAAAGAAGAGAAGUGAUUCUCUGCUUUACAGGAUGCUGCCUAGAACUGUGGCCCAACAGCUCAAACUCAACCUGACGGUCCCUGCCGAGAAUUACGACAGCGUCACGGUGUACUUCAGCGACAUCGUGGGUUUCACCAAGCUGUCAGCCAUCAGUAGCCCAAUGCAGGUCGUGGGAUUUCUCAAUCUUCUCUACCAGUUCUUCGACUCCUGCAUUGAAAAAUACGACGUCUACAAAGUCGAGACCAUCGGCGACGCUUACAUGGUCGUCAGCGGUGUUCCCAUACGAAACGGUGAUCGACAUGCUUUCGAGAUCGCCUCGCUGGCUCUCGACAUGAUCGAAGGGGUACAGACCUUCAGAUUACCGCAUCUCAAAUCUGAGAGAGUACUGAUGAGGAUCGGUGCUCACACGGGUCCGUGUGCUGCCGGUGUUGUGGGAUCAAAGAUGCCUAGAUAUUGCCUGUUUGGAGAUACGGUCAACACAGCCUCCAGGAUGGAGUCUAAUAGUUAUCCAAUGAAAAUCCACAUCAGUGAUGAUUUUAAAUCAGUCCUGGAUACUAUCGGAGGCUUUCAGACCGAACCCAGAGGUAUCAUAGAGGUCAAGGGAAAAGGUAACAUGUUUACGCAUUGGCUUCUGGGUAAGGAUUCCCCUCAGCGCGAACGUACGUCCUGUCCUGAGGUCGAAAUCGGUGACAUUGGUAACGCGGGGUCAAGAAGCGUGUCAAAGGUCAACGGAAGUGACAUCAUCAACUAUGGCUACUAUCGUGACGACGAAGAAAGCUGAAAUUCAUAAAUUAGUAGAUGCUGACGCAGUACAAAAACUAAAUAGGAAGAAGAGUAGAGACUCAAGAAUAGGCCUACGUCCUAAAACGUGCCUAAAUACACACAUGUGUGACUAUCUUGCCUAGAAUUUGACAUAACGGUACAUUUUGCAACACAAUCCAGGAGAACAGCCUGUGAUGGUUUCAAAGAAACACCGUAUAUACAAGCUGGAUUUUCAGGAAAUGUUUUGCCUAGUUUGUGUACUAUUCUUGCUCGUAUUGUAAUACAGAUAAGAACAUUUCCAUUUCAUUGCCAUAUAUGUUACAUCAUUUCUUCAUGUUUUGGUUUUGUGUGUCUUUGCCUAAUGCUAUCAUAAUUUAUUAACAAUUAUGAGCUUUAUUCAUUUUUUAAAAAUUACUUGUAUUCCGAGAUUGAAUGUGAAUUGCCCUAAGACAUUCAGCUUUGCAGUGAUACAUCUGUUUUUUGAGAUUGCAGGCAGGCUGAAAUUGCGUUACUCUCCAAUUUGAAACAAUUUUUGUUGAAGUUUUCGAGUCGUCCUAUGUGAACUUAAAUUUAUCAACAAUCAACUUUCGUCUGCAUAUUUAUCGUUUGUAAUUUUGUGUUAUCAAUUUUUUCAACGCUCUACAUAUUUGUUUGUAUUUUGGGAUUGAACCCAACUUAUGUCUGCAUCGUGUUUAGACUUGGAACUGAUCAUUUGAAUCUGGGAAAAUACUUCAAACACAGCGAAUGACGCACAGUGAAUAUAGUACUUUUAUUCAUUUCAAUUGUUUUCAAUUCAAUUUUUUAUCAAUUUUUUUUAUUUUACAAAUCAAUUAUAAUCAUUUACAACAAUUGAGGAAUACAAAUUGCAAACAGAAGGGUCCACUAAAAAAGUCCACUAAAAAAGCAAUGAUUGUUUAAUUGUGGUUAUCAUUUAUCAAAUGCGUGAUAUCAUGUACAAUAGGCAUGGGGAAAAUAUUCCAAAGUCAACCGCUGUUAAUAUGUAUUUUAAAAAAAUAAUGUGAAAAUAUUCAUUUCAUAUUUCUGCCAUUUGAAAGGUUUAUUUACAUGACUAAUUCUUCAGGGAUUUUGAAGAUAAUUGACCCACAGCGUUAUGUAAAUAAAACUUAUAUCGACAUUUGGUUCGCUUUUCAAAUUUCCCCCAUGCUUUGCGUACACAAUGCCUCGCAUUAAACCUUGAGGGCUCAAUAGCGCUAUUCGUUGUUUUUCAAACAAUGGCCUGUAUAAUCGGUUUUCCGAAGCUGUGUCUGGUUUAAUAUCCGGCUAUCCGAUCAUGGAUUCAUCGUUUAUCAAGCUGGAGCAGUGCCAUGCUUUUAGAAGAGUUUAGCUAACCCGGUUCAAGUGGUAUUGGGCACAAUAUGCUUUACUUGGGGAAAAUACAAUACAAAGGAAUAGACGUCACAUUGUGACCUGCUGAAACCAAGUUGGCUAAACUAUGCGUACAUAAUAUUAUUUCAAAAGAAAUUCGAUGGUUAGAUGGAUAACGGGCCAUUGUGUUUAAAUGAAUUAUCGUGUUUUCCAUUUUGUUGAGUAUACAGCUUGAAAUUAAAGAAAUCGUACUCUGCAUGUAUUUAUUUCUCGUUUAAUUAUAAAUAAAUAAUUAUAUAUUAUAUUA